AUGUCAACUCAAACUUCUACCUAUGCGGACCUUGUGCAUUCAUUAGAACAAGAUGACAUCUUAGAAAAGUUUCCUGAGGUCAUCCCAUUGAACAACAGACCAAAUACACAUUCUACUGAAUCCUCUGGCGAAACGGAUAAUUUGCUAGAUGGAUAUGAUGAGGAACAAAUCAGAUUGAUGAAUGAAAAUUGUAUAGUUUUGGAUUGGAACGAUACUGCGAUUGGUGCUGGUACAAAAAAACUAUGUCAUUUGAUGGAGAACAUCAACCAAGGUCUAUUACAUCGCGCAUUUUCUGUGUUCCUUUUUGACAGCGAUGGUAAAUUACUAUUACAACAACGUGCCACUGAAAAGAUUACUUUUGCAGAUCUUUGGACCAACACAUGCUGUUCACACCCUUUGUGCGUCGAUGACGAACUUGGACUGAACGGCUCUUUGGAAAGUAAAAUAGAGGGUGCCAGAACUGCAGCAGUUAGAAAAUUGGAACAUGAACUAGGUAUCCCACCACAAGAGGUUGAAUCUAAAGGAGAAUUCCACUUUUUGAACCGUAUUCAUUACAUGGCUCCAAGCGAUGGUGCUUGGGGAGAACACGAAAUUGAUUAUAUAUUCAUCUAUCAAUUGAGAAAAGGAGAGACUCUGACCGUCGAGCCAAGCACUAAUGAAGUAAGAGAUAUUGCUUGGGUAUCUCAAGAAGAAUUAAAGCAAAUGUUCGCAGAUGGUAACCUAAAAUUCACUCCAUGGUUCAAAUUAAUUUGUGACAAUUAUCUAUUCCAAUGGUGGAAUCAAUUAAAUGAUUUGAACAAAGUCGAAAAUGAUACCAAAAUUCACAGAAUGAUGUAA